AUGCGAAAGUCUCCAGAGAGCAGCUGGACGAAAUUCGGUCCUGCCGGGAGAGGCUCUUACGACUGGAUGGCGGGAUCGUCAUCACCACCUCCUGAAGAGAAACACGGGCAGGGUUACCACUGGAACGAGCUAUUAACCGACCAGGAUGCAAAGACUGAGAUUGUCUUGUACGUUAUCCUCCCAUUGGUGUCGCUCUUUAUCUUCUGCCUGACAGCCUUCCUGGUCUACCAGAGAUGCUCACGCAGCAAGCUCAGUCUGGCCAACAUCAUUGCGCUGGACCUUCAGGAUGCAGACGGCAGCGCUGAGAUUUUUGCUUCGCUCACAGCCAAUGCCGAGCGUCUGAACAGCACCAGCUCUGACACAUCCGAAGGCGUUUUCCUGAUGGUCUACCUUCCGCCGCCCUACGAGGAAACCCUGACCAAGAUAACCCGUGCAGCAAGUCUCACCAGUGGCAAAGAUGUGGAAUGCAUAAAGAUGGAAGAUCUCGAGGCCAAACUGUGUCCAGAACUCAAAUCCAGCGGGCAUUACGUUUAA